AUGGCCAGACAUUCAUCUGUAUCUUCGUCUUCCUCUUCUGAAUCCCCUCGACGAUCGUCGGCCAAGCCUUCGCCAGCCAUCAGAAAAGCGAACAAGGAGAAGGUGAAGAGACAACAGGCCAUUGACAAACUACGUGUUAUGGUGGGACAGAAGGAGCAGUCCAGUCAGCUUGAGGUUGUGCAGGUCAGAUUUAUCAGCUUAUCAUUUAAUUAAAAUUUUUUAUUUUCAAGGUCAAAAAGUAUGCAGAAUUGAUUUUUUUUUAAAUAAAAGAUGUUUUUCUUGUUUUUUCUAUAAACUUUCUGACCAAUUUUGACAUUUUGUUUAUUUUUAUACAUUUACAUACUAUUUGAUUUAAUUUAACAAUAUAUUAUUGUAGGGCGUAAUCGACUACAUCGCCUAUCUCCGUGCCCAACUUGCCGAUGACACUGAGAACGUUCAACCUCCAGCUGACGACAUUAUCAAGUCCCUGACCAGUCGAUUGAAUGAGCUGCUCACGAAUUAA